UUCAAGAUGGCGGAACAGUGAAGCAUAUACGAGUAUUCAGUAACCGUUAGAGAAUAUGAGGUCCUUGCUCACGUUCGGGCUCUACAGUUUAAAAAUUUGAAUACAGCAGUAAGCGCCGAGGCGUAAGACAGCCUGUGGUGCAGCCCAGAGACCGGGUGCUCUCUGGGGAGAAAAUGAAAAGGCUGGGAGAAAGGGAUUCGAGCCCUCAGAGCCGAACGACAAGUAAGCGGCCUAGAGACAGAGAGCGCGAUCGCGAGGGGUCUCGUCGGGGGGAUGACGGACUGCAGCCAGUUGUAAGUGAUAACAGCAGAAACUACUAUAGGCCUAGUGGAAGCAGUCUUCUAACUGGUAGCAAACGACAGGAACGAAGUCGAAGUCGCGAAAGGGAUAAACAGAAUCGGCGGGACGAACGAGGAAGCGACCCCCAUCACCGACAGCAGCAUCAUCAAGUCGAAAUCCAUUCGCUGGCCAGUAGCAGCCGUACCACAGUCCGCGGUGGCUCUGCAGCAAAGGUUAAAGGUGAUAACCGAGGAGCAGUUGCUGGACUUCCAUGGACGGGAGGAAACGCUGCAGCUGAAUAUAAAUCUUUAUUAAUUAGCAACUUUGCUUCACAGCUUACUGAUGAGCAGGUAGAGGAUGGACUUUUCCACGAGUUCAAGAAGUUUGGAGAUGUGAGUAUCAAGAUUUCGCACACUCCCGAACUUGGAAGGGUAGCAUUUGUCAACUUUAGGCACCCUGAGCAUGCUAGAGAGGCCAGACAUGCAAAGGGGAGGCUAGUUUUGCAUGACCGUACUUUGAAAGUAGAACCGGUAUACCAGAAGAAGAAAAACAGUAAUUCUUCAGAUAUGGGACUGAUGCACAAUUAUCAGUACAAGCAGAGGUCGUUGUCACCUGUUCAUGCGAAUGUCCGAGACCAGCGAACAAGACAUGGUGGCUACAUUGGUGAAACUGGCGGACUUUCAAGAGAAAAAGAGCGACCUUUGGAACAUUACAGUUUGCAUGAUGAGCGUAGUCGCUCUUGCAGUUUUUCGGGUCCCGAGGAGGAGCUUAUGCCAGAGGAUGAUCAACGCGCUACGCGGAAUUUGUUCAUUGGGAAUUUGGACCAUAAUAUUUCUGAAAAUGAAUUGAGGCGAGCUUUUGAGAAGUAUGGCAUAAUAGAAGAAGUUGUAAUAAAACGCCCUGCCAGGGGGACAGGGGGUGCCUACGCUUUUUUAAAAUUUCAAAAUUUGGAUAUGGCUCACCGAGCAAAGGUUGCAAUGUCAGGUCGACUUAUUGGACGAAAUGCUGUUAAAAUUGGCUAUGGUAAAGCAAACCCCACGACCCGGCUGUGGGUUGGAGGCUUGGGUCCAAAUACUUCUUUAGCUGCUCUUGCUCGGGAAUUUGAUCGUUAUGGCAGCAUCACAACUAUUGAUUACGUUAAGGGUGAUAGUUUUGCUUACGUGCAGUAUGAAAGUUUAGAUGCUGCCCAGGCAGCUUGUGCUCAGAUGAGGGGAUUUCCUCUGGGAGGACCUGAUAGGAGACUGAGAGUUGAUUUUGCCAAAACAGAGCCUAUAGUAUCAAGAUGCCCUCAGCACUAUGCAGCUGGUCCAGUGGCAAUGCAUUAUGACAUGGUUUCUGAUGGGUAUGGGCGACAAAAGAGUUUGGAGUGGGAUGUAAGGGCUCGAGAUAGAACACCCCCUCGUUUGCUCCCAGAUACUGGGGACCAUAGUUUUUUGGAAGGUAGUUGGAGUAGUCCAGUCAAAGGUAGGGAUCACAGAAGUAGUGGAGAUGUACAGAGCCGUACAGUUCGUAGCCGGAGUACUGAACAGCGACCAAAUGACCGUGAUAAUGUGUCCAAUCUUCCCAGAGUUUUAGAAGAAAAGCAGAAACACAGAAACCUUUCGGAUGAUCACGGAAGCGUUUCUAUUCCUUCGUACGAAGAAAGAGGCAAGAACAAAUUCCAAGGGCCUUCUGUGGUUCAUGGUCCAGAACAAAAUCAGAGGGAUCAGUGCCCUUCUGAAUCUGUAAUAGGAAAGGACCAAAAUACCAGUUUUGUGGUUAAAUGUUUAUCAGAACGUAGAUCUCCGAAAGAAUUCAAAGAGCUCAGCAAUCCAAAAAAGAAAGAGGAGCACAAUUGCAGAACUUCUGAAAAUGAGAAUAAAGUAAAACAAUCUACAGAGCCAAAACUAGAGGCCAAAAAAAUAGCAACUUUAGCUGAGUUUGCCCAUACAUUACCACUGGCUUGGAAUGGGGUUCUGGUACUGAAAAACAGUAGCUUUCCCACUGUAAUGCACAUCUUAGAAGGAGAGCUUGCUGUACUUAAUUCUUUGAUGAAGGAUUCAACAGCUGGUGGCAACAAAUUGUCUCAACUGAAGAUUGCUCAGAGGCUUCGCCUUGACCAACCCAAGUUGGAUGAAGUCACACGUCGCAUUAAACAAGGAAGUCCUAAUGGAUAUGCAGUACUUUUGGCUACACAGGCUAUGCAGAGAUCAGAUGGCCAGGAGACAUUAAUUUCAACUGAGCCUGGGUUGCAGCAGCGACUUCUUAGAAAUCUUGUCUCUUACUUGAAACAAAAACAGGCUGCUGGAGUUGUCAGCUUACCUGUUGGUGGUCCAAAGGACAGAGAUAGUACUGGCAUGUUAUAUGCUUUUCCUCCUUGUGAGUUUUCACAGCAGUACUUAAAAUCUGCCUUAAGGACGCUGGGAAAGUUAGAAGAACACUUGGUGGUGGUUAUAGUAAGAGACAGUGCCUGAUGAACACUUAUUUCAACAGCAGUUCUACGGUGGUCUUAGAAAUCCAAAUUUAAAAGCAGCUUUGAUAUUUCAAACCACACACUAUUUUAAAAAGCAUUUUUCCAAAUGUCUUAGAAAUCCAAGUCUAAGAACAUAUUUGGUGCUUCAAACCAAUCGGAUAUGGAUUACUAGCUGCAAAAACGUUUUAUUUUCAGGUGGAACCCAUUUUAUUCUGUAAAAAUAUUGAUCUGUUUUUUUAAUUCUGUGAGAAGCUGGAAAUGUUCUGUCUGGUGUAUUUUCAAUUUUAAAUGUCUUAUUUAUUUAAAGUGGGAUAUUGUCUUUUGUAAUUACAAAAUAAAGUCUGUAUGUACAUCUCUACUUGAAGCUAUAUCUGAAAGGGUCUUUAAUUGUCCAAGUAAUUUUUUUAAAUGGGAAGAAUAUGCAUCUUUAAGACCAAGUAAAUUUUUAGAAGGGGAAUAUGUAUUUUAUUUUUCAUACCAGUGGAUUGGCCUUAUGCAUUCUAUUUACUACCUCCACUUUGUCUUUUUUAAUGUUCUGCACUUUUGAGGGGUAGUGGUAACUGUCUCCCUUGCCCUUUGGUAUCUCUCAAGAUUAUGACAUUUGAUCCAGACUUUGAAGGUCGAAUCCUUCAUCCUAGGUCACUGCAGAUAAUGAUAAUGUGUGCUGGGACUGAUUGAACAGGUAGUUAAUUUUGGUAGUUGUGUGUUAAGGUUUAAAAAAGGUAUUGAGUACACACCCACUCCUGGCACUGCACAUCAGCAUGACCAACUUUGUUAGAAAUUAUUGAAACCAUUUUUUUCUUUGUGGUAGGCAUGUGUAUUAAAUGAUUUAUGCUCUUGAGAUGUGUAUUAAAUGAUUUAUGCUCUUGAGAUGUGUAGAGUGCCAUCUACCUUUUGAAUUAAGGAAGUUAAGUAAUUUGAGAAAGUGACUUUAAACACUGAAUGUCACUUCUCAUUGGUUUAAUCGGUUGAUUGUAAGGCUUGUUUUUGAUUGAUGUAGUCAUUAACUUAAAUGCAGCAACAUAUAUGUCCACAUGGAUUGUUAUAACUGUUGAUGUAACCGAAUUUGACAGAUUUUUAUUGAAUAUUUAAAGUGUUUAGUGAGCUGUUUUUAAAAGCAUUUAAAUGACUUAUGAUUGAUGCUAAUGUGCAGAUUGUGUCCUGUAAAGUUACCUGUCUUAAAGUGAUUGGGGAAUGUUUAGUAUGUGUACCAUAUUUCUCUUUUUUUUUUUUUUUUUUUUUUUUUUUUUUUUUUUUUUUUUGAAAUGACCAUAAUUGUUAAAUAUGGAAGGCUAAUAUAAUUACUUGUUAUGUAUUCUGAAAGGAUACUGGUUCAUUUGUGUGAGAUUGGCUCCAGAGGCACUUUGUAUACAGCAGAUGCUGGUAGCAUUUGGUGGCUGAAGUAGCUUUUAUUACAUUAUUACAGUCAGUUUUUACUUCCAUUUUUUUUUCCGGGAUGAAAUUUGGCCCCUCCUAUAAUAUGUUGUAUAGUAGAACAGGUAACCAAGCAUUUCUCCGUAAAGUAAGUGUACUGUGCACUUGUUGCAUUAUAAUGUAGAGUUUUUGCAGGUGAUUUCAAAUCCAAACAUGACAGGUUUCAUGUCCCAUUUUUGCAGUUUUCUUAUUUUGCUGUGUGUGCAGUUUUGCAUUUUGUAGUAAUUUGUAAUAUCUGAAACUGCCUAAAAAUAUCAUAGUUGGGGUGACUGAAAAAAGUGACAGCCUUCAUUUUAGAAUUGUUUGUCAGUAAUUUUGUUUAUAAAGUUGUAAGGAGGGAUAUAGUGUGGUUUUAUUGCAUCUCAAAAAUGAGCUGACCGUAUUGUUUUGUGUCAAAGCGUUCAUCUUAGUUCUUCAUUUUAGAUGCAAUGUUGUCAAUGAGCAGACUAAGACCUGACUAACCACUUUGAAAAACAAAAGGCGGUGCUUUUUAUUGUUUUACUAAGAAAGUAGAAUAUUUUGAAAAAACUAGACUGCAAAUGUUAUAUGGUUUUGCAUUUCUGUUUCUUGUAUUCUUAUACACUGUAACCUAUUUACCAAACAUUUGUUUGUAAUUGUUCCACUUUUCAUUUCUAAUGUAAUUUGUACAAAUGCUUAGUGAAAUUAUUUUUGCCUACCAGAACUUCCCAGUGACCUCUCUGUAGUCUGUUGCUGUGGUAACAGUUGCACUUUCUCAGACACCUCUCUUUAGAUGGUGCAUCCUGUUUUCACAGAAAAUGUGGAAACUAUGUGAAAGACUUGAGUAUAAUUAUAAUAAUAAUAAAAAAAAAUAUUUUGCG